AUGUCUGGUGGUAAAUCUGGUGGAAAGUCUGCUUCUGGCUCCAAGUCUCAAACUCGUUCUUCUAAGGCUGGUCUUCAGUUCCCCGUUGGUCGUAUCCAUCGUCUUUUGCGUCGUGGUAACUAUGCCCAACGUGUGGGUGCUGGUGCUCCUGUGUACUUGGCUGCCGUCCUUGAAUAUCUCGCUGCUGAAAUUCUCGAAUUAGCUGGUAAUGCUGCUCGUGAUAACAAGAAGUCUCGUAUUAUCCCCCGUCACUUGCAAUUAGCCAUCCGUAACGAUGAAGAAUUAAACAAACUUCUCGGUCAUGUUACCAUUGCUCAAGGUGGUGUCCUUCCCAACAUUCACGCUUCCUUGUUGCCCACCAAGACCAAGAAGGCUGGUGCCUCUCAAGAACUUUAAAUAUAUGGGCAUCAACUUGUUUGAAUAUAUUUAUAUAUAACUUCGCUAUUUACCCUUGAAUUCUUUGAUUCUCCAACUCCUUUCAUGACGAAAACUUACAGCUUUCUUGACGUCCUUGUAACGGCUUUUAUCUUUAACCUUUUGUGUUUUGUUUCUAGUAUAUAAAUGCAGAUUGUAGGAUGAUCACCCAGUUUGUUAUCAAGUUCGACUUAUUAAAAAAUUCCCCAAGUUUUUCUUUAUUCCAAAUUCGCUUUUUCUAUUUAUAAAACUUAAGCUGAUCUUGUACAGAUUUUUUUUUUUUUUUGAAGUUUUUUUUU